AUGUCAACAUUAGCAUUUACGACAACACUAAUGCCAUUUUCUUCAACAAUAUCACCGGCAUUGAUAGAUGUUUUUCGGAAUGAUGUAUUAUGGGCGCUAAUAUUUGGUAUAGCAUUAGCUUUUGUACUUGGUUUUGCGAUGGGCGCAAAUGAUGUUGCAAAUGCUUUUGGUACGUCGGUUGGUAGCAAAGUAUUAACUUUAUGGCAAGCUUAUAUACUUGCAGUUAUUUUUGAAACGCUUGGAGCAUUACUUAUUGGUUACAAUGUAACGGAUACGGUACGUAAAAGUGUUAUCAAUUUAAGCUUAUAUGAAGAUAAACCAAAAGAAAUUUUUGUUGGACAAAUUGCCAUUCUUGGAGGUUGCUCAUUAUGGUUAUUAAUUGCUACACUUGCUCGUUUACCUGUAUCAUCAACUCAUAGUAUUACUGGAGCAACUGUAGGAUUUGGUUUGAUGACAAGAGGUGCUGUUGGAAUACAAUGGCGAAAAGUUGCUCAUAUUGUUGCUUCAUGGUUUUUAUCACCGAUAUUAUCUGGUGUCGUAUCAGCUAUUCUCUAUAUUAUUCUUGAUCAUUCAGUUCUCAGACGGAAAAAUCCAUUUCGUUGUGGAUUAAGAGCUUUGCCGAUAUUUUAUUGGCUCUGUAUCGCAUUUAAUGUUUUCACUGUUAGUUAUCAAGGAUCGAAAUUACUUCAUUUAUCAAAAUUACCAUUAUGGAUAUGUGCAUUAAUGAGCAUUGGAUGUGCAACAAUUGGAUCUCUUGCAAUUCAUUUUUUUCUCUCACCAAAAUUGAAAAUUUGGAUAAAUAAUUCAUUUAGCAAUGAUUCAGCUAGAGACGAUUCGUUUGAAGUGCAAACUGUAAGUGAUACAACUCAAUCGCAAGAUAAUAUCUUACAACAAAGAUGUCAAACAUCAAAGAAAGAAAAUGUUGACAGUUUAACUAUCAUCGAUGAUGCUAAAAUCGUAGAAAGUACAAUGAAGAAAAGCGACGAAGAAAAGGCUCAAUCAAAGUUAACAGAUAAUGCAGUAAUGAAAUUUGUUCGAUGGAUACUACCAGCUGAUAAUCGAAUAGCUGAUAAUAAAACAAUGAAAAUAUUCAGUUCAAUACAAGCUUUUACAGCAUGUUUUGCUGGAUUUGCGCAUGGUGCUAAUGAUGUUGGGAAUGCAAUAGCUCCAUUAACAGCGUUGAUAUCAAUUUAUAGUAGUAUAGAUGUUCGACAACGAAGUGAAACACCAAUCUAUGUGUUAUUGUAUGGUGUGGUUGCAAUAUGUGUUGGACUUGUAAUACUUGGACAUCGAGUGAUACGAACUAUUGGUACUGAUAUGACUAUAAUCAAUGCUGCCAGUGGUUUUACAAUUGAAUUCGGUGCAGCAGUAACUUCAUUAACAGCUAGUAAACUUGGCCUACCAAUUAGUACCACCCAUUCAUUGGUAGGAAGUGUAGUAUUUGUGGGAAUAGUUCGUGCCAGGAAAGGUGUCCAAUGGUCAAUAUUUCGAAAUAUUGCCUUAUCAUGGAUUUUAACUUUACCCAUUUCAGGUCUUAUGACAAUGGGUUUGAUGUUAAUCCUGAAAUUUUCACUUUGA